CUGGGUGCUGUCGCCUCGACCCCCAGUUGAGUGUCCCAGGCCCUUCUUUCUCUCUCGCUGGGUUCCCGGGGCUCAGGACCCAGGCGCGGUCCCUGACCGGCCACUGGCCCCAUAGCUGCGCACAGGGAAGCCAGAGCCGCUGCUGGUGGCGGCGGGAGGUGGCGGGAGGUCCUACAGGAGGCGACCUGAGCGCGGCUGGACUCAGGCGGCCCCCGAGAGGCUGGAGACCCGCGCGGCGGCGCAGGGCAGCGGCAGGAGAGGAGGCGCGGCCGGCGGUGAUACUUCUGAGUCUGACCUCCUCUGGGCUGAUGGGGAAGAUGGCAUAUCCUUCGUCCACCCUAGUGGCGAGCUUUACCUACAACCUCUGGCAGUCACAGAGGGCGAUGUUGAGGUGGAGAUCCGAAGGCACCCCAAUUGCAGUCACUGCUCUUUCAAAGACUGCCAGUGGCAGGCAGAGCUCUGGAGGGCUGAAUGCAUAUGCCCAGAGGGCAUGGAGCUAGCUGUGGAUAAUAUCACAUGCACGGGCCUGCCAACCACCACAAGCCCUCUGAUAAUGAUGGGAGCUGUUGUGACAGCCUUGACGCUGAGUCUCCUUAUGAUGUGUGGAGUCCUAAUUCUAGUGAACCAGAAGAAAUGUCAGAGCCUGCGGGGAACCAGGCUGCCAGGCCCUGAGCUUGAGCUGAGUAAGCUGAGAACCUCUGCCAUCAGGACAGCACCCAACCCAUAUUACUGUCAGGUGGGGCUCAGCCCUGCCCAGGCCUGGCCUCUGCCCCAAGGGCUCACUGAGGUUUCCCCAGCCAAUGUCACUCUACUCAGAGCCCUUGGCCAUGGUGCCUUUGGGGAAGUGUAUGAGGGACUAGUGAUUGGUCUUCCUGGGGAUUCCAGCCCUCUUCCGGUGGCUAUCAAGACUCUGCCGGAGCUCUGCUCCCCUCAGGAUGAGCUGGACUUUCUCAUGGAGGCUCUCAUCAUCAGCAAGUUCAGCCAUCAGAAUAUUGUACGCUGUGUGGGGCUCAGCUUCCAGGCUGCCCCUCGCCUCAUUCUGCUGGAGCUGAUGUCUGGUGGGGACAUGAAGAGCUUUCUGAGGCAUAGCAGACCACACCCGGGACAACUGUCACCUCUGACCAUGCAGGACCUAUUACAGUUGGCCCAGGAUAUAGCUCAGGGCUGCCACUACUUGGAGGAAAAUCACUUUAUCCACAGAGACAUUGCCGCCCGAAACUGUCUGCUUAGCUGCAGUGGAGACAGCCGAGUGGCCAAGAUUGGAGACUUUGGAAUGGCAAGAGAUAUCUACCAGGCCAGUUAUUAUCGCAAAGGGGGCCGGACCUUGCUCCCAGUGAAGUGGAUGCCCCCAGAAGCUCUCCUGGAGGGCCUUUUCACAUCCAAGACGGACUCCUGGUCUUUUGGGGUCCUGCUCUGGGAGAUCUUCUCACUAGGUUAUAUGCCCUACCCUGGACACACCAACCAGGAGGUUCUAGACUUCAUUGCCACAGGGAACAGGAUGGACCCUCCUAGGAACUGUCCUGGGCCAGUGUACCGAAUCAUGACCCAGUGCUGGCAGCUUCAACCUGAGCUCCGCCCUGACUUUGCCAGCAUCUUGGAGCGCAUUCAAUACUGCAUUCAGGACCCUGAUGUGCUGAACUCGCCCUUGCCCAUGGAACCAGGGCCCAUUGUGGAGGAGGAAGGGGCCUCUGGGCCGGGGAACAGGUCACUGGAAGGUCUUAGAUCCCCAAAGACCCUGGAACUGAGUUCCCAGAACUUGAAAAGCCGGGGAGGAGACCUUCUUGGCUCUCAGCUGCCCUCUGGCCUCAAGACCCUCACAUCCAGAUGCCUUCAACCUCAGAACAUUUGGAACCCCACCUAUGGCUCCUGGACCCCAAGGAGCCCCCAGGGUGAAGAUUCAGACAUUGACCUUAGCAAUGGCCCCUCCUCGGAUUCCUUUCCAGGCGAGCAGUAGCCUCUGCCCCCUGCAGUCUCUGCUGCAUGUUCAGGCAUGUUUCAGGGAUGUCCAAGCGGCCUGCCUGGCCUUUUUACACUGGAAACCAUCCUCGACCCUCUUGGGGAAGGCCUGGGCUACUCUCAGUCUUUGGAGUCAGUUGGGAAUCCUGGAUUGUCCACUCCCUAUAAGUAUCUUUCCUCUGACCCAUGCCAGUGCUACAAAUGUUUUUAGUAAUGGUGAUGGUGAUGAUGAUGAUGGUGAUGAUGAUGAUGAUGAUAAUAAAACCCUUCUAAUUCUUCA